CCUGAACUAUCCCGACUACGAAGUCUCACCCGAUUAGAAGGGCAGCAUGCCCCUGCUAUCUCUCAGGCUCAGCCUCAGCGUCCACUGAACCAAGCCGCCGCCGCAUUCCUACACCAUGAACUCGGAAGCAGUCGUUCCACCGACAACGUCACACCCAUCCUCUCCACCUCACCCAUUCCACCAUAACAGUCAACAUGACAUGGUACAGAAAUUUGGGGGAGGUUCCCACAUGUUCUAUCACGACAAGGAAUACGAGGCUCUUCCCGCGACAAGGGUCAGAGAUCUCGUCAGACCCCCAGUAAUAAGGCAAUACGUCGAAGGCGGUCGGAUCUACCGAGAGGCAUCUCCGCGAGAAGUCAAUCGCUUCGAACUCUUCUUCGACCUGCUCUUUGUCGCCAUUAUUCAUAUCCAAGCGGAAGCCGCUGUCGACGAGCCCGGCGGCCCAGCCGUUCUGCGAUUCGUCUUGACCUUUUGGCCCAGCUGGAGUAUCUGGGAAGAAGCUAGAAAGUAUGCCAACGUCUCGGGCACAGAUGAUCUCCUUCAUCGAGUUUGGAUCCUGGUCGGAAUGAUCUGCAUCACUGGAUACUCUAUCAAUGCCUCUGCCAUCGAGCUUCACCCACAUGGCGAAGAAGAGAAGGCUAUGGAUCACUCGGCCGUCCAAGCUGCCGUUGCCUUUUGGCUGACUAUCAAACUGACGAGGGUCCUGGUCCUCUGGCUAUACGCCUGGCGUUUACCGGACUUUAGGCAAGCACAAUUUUUCUCGGGCUUGGCUGUCCUUGUGCCUAUGCUCGUGUACUUUCCGCUGCUUUUCGUCACCUCUCGCAAGGCUCAGAUCAUCCUUGCCAUACUCGGCAUCGUCGUCGACGUCAUCCGCCUCGACCUCAUCUUUUUUGCCAUCCGUGGCCAUGUACACCAGUGGAAGUUGCGAAAGGAAUAUCACAGGACCGAUGCUGCAGACCGAGGUCCAGCUCCGGAGCAAUUCAAGUUGCACCGGAUCCCUUCUCUGCCCGAUCACUUUAGGAUCCCCGCGAUGAACAUUGAGCAUGCUAUAGACAGAAGCUCAGCUUUUGUCGUCAUUGUCCUCGGCGAACUAGUGAUGAACCUCCUGUUCAUCGGCGAGAGAGGAGAGAUUGGCUUGUCACCCGCGUUUGGCCGAGCAGCCCUUUGCCUUGUCGUAGCCUGGUCCCUCAACUAUCUGUACAUCAUUCCAAGCGAUCCCAACGCAAACUAUGAGCAUGCCCUGAGGCGAUCAUUUAUCUCUGGCAUCCUCUUCUCAUUCUUGCAUUGGCCACUGUGCGCCAGUCUGACGCUCGCAUCAGCUGCUAGUGGUCAUAUGGUUCGAGACAACCACGUAGACGUCAGUCUAGCAUGGUACUGGGGUUGCGGUCUCGGCUUUGCCAUAUUAUUCGGCACUUUCAUUGAUCUCACGCACCGUGAGCUCUUGCCGAGGAGUGCAAGCCGUAUUCCGAGGUUUGCGCGAAGCGUGGUCCAGGUACUAGCUGGUCUUGCGUUGAUCUUCUUCCCCUUUGGAUGCGAAAAUCUCACAUCGCUCGCUCUGAUCGGAGUCGCCGUCGCCAUCACGCUCUUCCUCGUCGUCAUGCACGUCUACGGCAGUCUUCCCAGAAAGUCGUACCUCCUCUCGUUGGACAACUCUGGGGAAGGCAACCGUGGAUCACAUUUCGAGCCAGGCAGCAAAGAAGCCGAAGCGGAGAAUCGACUUCGCCGGCAGGCGAGCAAAACGGCACAUGUCGUCGAGGAUCGUGAUGGCUUGGACCACACUCUGGGAUGAGGUCCGCGCGAGCCCCCGUCUCCGGAUGCAGUGUUUUAUAAUACGUUCGGUCUCCAAGUGACCUGAGAUAGACGAGCGAGGCCAUGCAUAGCAAUUGGCA